GACGCAAGUAUUUCAUGCUAGCUAGUGGAAGCCGGUAAUAUUUAAAGGUUACUCGUGUGAAUUAUAUGGCAAUAGCGGUGUCGUUGAGUUAUGUUUCAUACUUUUUUUUAUUAUCUCGUUAGUGUUUAUAAAUCUAACAUUUGUUUUAGCAUGCCAGUGCCAUUCAACAAACCGAACGGGUUGACAUUUUGUUUGCUAAGCUAAUGAGCUAGCCUCAUUUGUUUACAUCCGAGCUGGUAACUUUCAGUCAGGAAGCCCUGGGCUCUCCACGCUUAUGUCGUUUUAAAUGGUCUCUUUCUGUUGCUACAAAACGUGGUUCAAGGAGGAGUGUGAUGGUAUAAAAUAGCCAACGAAUAUAUUUUAUAGCAUGAUGGCAGUGAAAUAGGAGUAAAGAUGAGUGCCUUCAGGCCGUCAGAGCUUCUCGCUGGUAUCUGUCAAACAGAGGAGCAGGAUCCUUUCCCCCUGUGGCAGAAUGGACACAUCAGCUCCUGUUUUAACCAACUCGUCCUCGGAGCUCUGCCUCAUGCAGGGAUGGCUGUGUUCAGUGCCUGCUACCUCGGCAUGGCAAGAUGUGACCUCCUGCAGUCGUCUCUUCCCUGUGGUUGGACGCUCAGGCUUGUAACCGCCAUGUUGGCCGCGUUGCUCUUCACUGCAGACGUCGUCCUUGUGAGUCUCCUUCAGCAGGCUGAUAUGUAUCUGGACGUCCUGGCUGACAGCUGUGCCAUUGUGGCCUGGCUGGUCCACUUCAGUGCCAUCGCAGUGCUCCAGAGGACCGCUUACAAGAGAACCAGAGGACCAACCCUGCUGCUGCUUUUGGUUCUUCUGUCUGUACCAAACCUGGUGUUCACUCUGAUCAUUUAUUGUGACAAUCAGGAAUAUUUGAACCUCAAAGAACCUCUUAAAUUUACGCGUUUCGUGCUAGUCUUAGCCCGGACGCUUCCCGUUCUGGUUUAUCUUCUGGCCUUUGUGUUCCCCUGCAUCAGUGACGCUGGAUAUACUUUAUACAUCAACACUGAGGAUGGAUCUCCGCUCAUCACAGACAGCACUCAGCUGGAUACGGGUGAGAUGGUGGCUGAGGAUGGUAGCAGCUGCUUCUCACGGCUAUUCUACCUCUGGCUGACUCCUCUGCUCAGACGAGGGCAACGAGGGGAGCUAGACAGACCGGCUGAUGUUUAUCACCUCCCAAGAAAACUUAGGACUAGUGUGGUAUGUCGAUACUUCCAUCAGUGCUGGGAAGCCUGCAGACGAGGGGAAACAGUCAUUGAUGGGCAGGAUCAGUGGCCCCGGCCGGUCAGCAGGAACCUCCUGAGUGGCACUUGGAGUUCUCACUACCAGGAGGAACCUCUGGAGCUGGAGGGGAAUGUAGGACUUUUUAGGGUGCUGCAUAAGGCAUUUGCUUUGCGGUACUACAUCCUUGGUGUGCUGAAGGUGACGGUGAACAUGCUGAGCUUUGCAGGACCGCUUCUCCUCAGCAGUCUGGUGAACUUCAUGGAGGAGGAGGGAGCUCCAGUAAGCUGGGGUGUCCGGUGCGCUGUGGGCCUCUUUGCUGCCACUCUUCUCUCAUCUGUCCUCAGAAAUGUGUUCGUCUUCGAGGUGUCCAAAGUGGCGCUGUCAGCACGCACUGCUCUCGUGUCGGCCAUCUAUGCUAAAGCCCUGCGGGUCAGUGGCAGCAGCCUGGCCGGUUUCACUCUGGGCGAGGUGGUAAACUUAAUGAGCACAGACACAGACCGCGUGGUUAACUUCUUCAACAGCUUCCAUGAGUUAUGGAGCUUGCCCUUCUGCUUUAGCAUCACCCUCUACCUGCUGUACCUGCAGGUGGGUGUUGCUUUCCUCGGUGGGCUGUGUGUGGCGCUGCUGCUGGUGCCUUUCAACAAGUUCCUUGCUUCUCGUAUACUUAGCAACAACCAACAUAUGCUCAGGCACAAAGACAGCCGUGUUAAGUUAAUGACAGAAAUCCUCUUUGGUAUUCGCGUCAUCAAGUUCUACAACUGGGAGCCUCAUUUCACUCAGAAAGUGGCAGACUGUCGUAAGCUAGAGCUGUCCCACCUCAAAGCCCUCAAGUACUUGGAUGCCUUGUGUGUCUACACCUGGGCUGGUCUGCCUGUGGUCAUCUCCAUACUCACCUUCAUCACAUAUGUCCUACUGGGACACCAGCUGACUGCAGCUAAGGUGUUCACCACGCUGGCUCUGGUGGGAAUGUUGAUCAUCCCGCUCAACUCUUUCCCCUGGGUGCUCAAUGGCAUCCUGGAGGCCAAAGUGUCUCUGGAGCGAAUCCAGCGCUUCUUUAAACUGACCAACCAGGAUCUGCAGGCGUACUACGCCCUGGUGACUCCUGAAGACAGCCAAACAUCCAUCCUUUUGAGUCAGGGGAAAUUUUCCUGGCAGGGGCCCAACAGUUCAAACCAAAACAACGAAGGAGAAAGUGAACGUGGAGCUGCUAGAGGGAGUCUGCUGCUGCAUAGUCUCAAUCUACACAUCACAAAGGGUUCUCUGGUUGUGGUGGUGGGGAAGGUCGGCUGUGGGAAGAGUUCAUUACUGGCUGCCCUCACUGGAGAACUCAGCAGGCUGAGUGGAGUGGUGUAUGUCGCAGACAGAGAGGUGGGUUUUGGUCUAGCCUCUCAGGAGCCAUGGAUCCAGCAUGCAUCAGUACGGGACAACAUCCUGUUUGGAAAAGUCUAUGACCACGCCUUAUACCAGUCUGUGAUUGAGGCCUGUGCUCUGUCAGACGACCUCAACGUUUUGCCAAAUGGUGAUAAGACAGAAGUGGGGGAGAAUGGAGUGACACUGAGCGGAGGACAGAAGGCUCGUCUGGCCCUCGCCAGAGCUGUUUAUAUGGACAAAGACAUCUACCUCCUUGACGACCCCUUGGCGGCAGUCGAUUCUGACGUGGCUGAACACCUAAUGAAGAAAUGCAUCAUGGAGCUCCUCAGGAAAAAGACCAGAAUCCUUUGCACACACCGCCUCGAGUUUGUGGACAAAGCAGACAUGGUUGUCCUCAUGGAGAACGGAACAAUCAUCAAAACAGGCACACCAGCUGAAAUCCUUCCUUUGGUAGAGGCAGUGCCGAAAAAACGGAAGAAUGACCACAACAUGAAAGAGAAAGAUGGUGUGGAGCAGGAGGAAGAGGAGCUGGGUUCCUCCCCUGAGCUUUGUCUAGAUGAUGACCCUGACCUGUCGUGGGCAGAGCAGAAGCAAGUGGGUGGUCUGGCGUGGAGCGUUUACAGGACCUACUGGGCUGCUGCUGGCAGAGUGUUAGCUACUUCCAUCCUGAUGUGUCUGCUCCUCAUGCAAGCCUCUAAGAACGUCUCUGACUGGUGGUUGUCCCACUGGAUAUCAAAGCUGAAGAACAACGGUUCUGCUACAAUAAAUGGUUCUUCAUCAGGUGCCUUCAGCUCACCUCACCUGCUGCUCUUCUCUCCUGGAGGGUUAACGUCCUCCCCAUCCUCCUCUGUUCAAACGUUCCCUCCAAGCAACCUGAGCUCUGAUGUCAAGUUUUACCUGGUGGUGUAUGGCUCCAUUGCGGGGGCUAACACCGUCUUCACUGCACUCCGAGCUUUUCUCUUUGCAUAUGGAGCGAUCUGCGCUGCCAAAACCAUCCACAACAGACUGCUGGACCGGGUCCUUAAGGCCACAGUGACUUUCUUCGACACCACCCCGAUGGGCCGCAUUCUAAACCGUUUCUCCUCAGAUCUGUACAGCGUGGACGAUAGCCUACCUUUUAUCCUGAACAUCCUCCUGGCCAACGUCUUCGGCCUGCUCGGCAUGCUGGUGGUGAUAAGUUAUGGCCUCCCCUGGGUCCUGGUUCCCCUGCUGCCCCUUGCUCUGCUCUACUACUGCACCCAGCACUAUUAUAGACACACCUCCCGCGAGCUGAAGCGCCUGUGCAGCCUCACUCUGUCGCCUGUCUAUUCACACUUCUCUGAGACGCUGACGGGGCUGGGGACCAUCAGGGCAAGCGGCAGCUCUGCCAGGUUUGAGGAGGAGAACGCCAGGCGUCUGGAGCAGAACCAGCGCUGCCUCUUCCUCAGCAACGCCGCCAUGCAGUGGCUGGACAUCCGCCUGCAGCUGAUUGGUGUUGCAGUGGUGACAUGCCUCGGUGUUAUCGCUGUCGUGCAGCACCAGUAUAACAAAGUGGAUCCAGGUCUGGUGGGUCUGUCCCUGUCCUACGCUCUGUCCAUCACAACGCUGCUGUCUGGCCUCAUAUUCAGCUUUACACAAACUGAGAUGCAGCUGGUGAGUGUGGAGAGGACUGAGGAGUACUCCACUGAACUUCCCACCGAGCCACAGCAGCAAAACGCACAGCUGCCGCCUUCAUGGCCUGAGCAGGGCUGGUUGGAGUUCAGGGAUGUCGUUCUAGCUUACAGAGAAGGUUUCCCUAAUGCUCUGGACCGGGUGAGUCUGGUGGUGAGGCCUGGGGAGAAGGUGGGCAUCAUGGGACGGACAGGCUCUGGAAAGUCUACCCUGUUCCUUGCCCUGUUCAGGAUGGUGGAGCUGAACCAGGGUCAGAUUCUCCUGGACGGGCUGGACAUCACCACUGUGGGUCUCGCUCAGCUCAGGUCCAGGUUGGCCAUUAUUCCUCAGGACCCCUUUCUGUUCAGCGGGACCAUCAGGGAGAAUCUGGACCCGUGUGGGAGACACUUAGACCAGCAGCUGAUGGAGGUCCUGGACCAGUGUCACCUGAGCUCGGUGGUCCAGAGGAUAGGUGGUCUGGAUGCUGAGAUUGGUGAAAGAGGGAAAUCCUUCUCUGUGGGGCAGAGACAGCUGCUGUGUUUGGCUAGAGCUCUGCUGACUCAGGCUAAGGUUCUGUGUAUUGAUGAAGCCACAGCCAGCGUGGAUCAGAAGACCGACAAACUGCUGCAACAGACGAUAAGAGAGACAUUUAAGGACAAAACUGUCCUCACUAUUGCACACAGGAUCAACACUAUCAUGGACUGUGACAGGGUGCUGGUGAUGCAUGCUGGGAAGGUGAUGGAGUUCGACACGCCGGCUGCUCUCUGCCAAACUGACCACUCGAUCUUCCAGGGGUUGGUUGGUCAGAGAAGAGAAAGCAGAUGACUGUAAUGAUUCUGAAGAGAAAAAGAGACCUCAUUUAAUAAUUUUGAUUUGAUAUUUUUAUGUUGGAGGGUUUGCAGAGAACCUGCUACUUUUUUUGUACUUUCCUGCUGCAUUUUUACAGAAAAACUAAAAACUUAUUUAAAGAACUGUUCUACUGUUGAAGUGUAGAGGCUGUGAAUGCUUUUCUCCGGGGUAUUUUCUUUAUAAGAAGAAGAUUGAGCUGAGAAAUGAUGAUAUGUAAUUUUCUACAUUUAUUUUCUUUAAAGUGAUCUUUUAAAUAAUUGAUCAGCAUUCUUUAAUGUUUUUCUUUGUAGUUUCUGCCUUCCUGAUUGCAUUUUGGUUGUUUUUUAAAAGCCAUACAGUUGUGUUGCCUGUUGGUAAAAUGAUAUACUUACCCAGUCUUUUAUCAUGUGACCUAUUUAUUGUUUUUACUGAUUCACUUUUCUUGGAGGGGUCCAGUAGUUACAUCAGCGUUUGUGCAUUUUGGAAAUGACUAAAAAUGUUAAAAUGAAGAAAUAUAAAAUUGCACUCUUUGGUUAGCUGCUACUAAACACUAAAUAUACGUUCUCAGUCUUCUAAAAUUUUAACCCUAAUUCAUCCAGUUUACAAAUACAAAGGAAACCACAAAAUAAGGUCAACUAAAGAAGAACUAUAAUUGUACGCAGAGCAGCAAUAAGUUGUGUACAAGUAACAACAGUAACUAACUAAUUUUAUUUUAAACCUGUUUUGAAAAUAUGGAAGUCCAUAUUUAUGUACAACAACUAUCAAGAAGUAGAAAAAACAAAGUGCAUAUUGCUCUGUGUUAAAGUUCUACAAAGAUAUCAGCAAUAUUUACUAAUGAAGGUUGAACUGAUGUUACCUUUAACUAUCAAAGUUCAUCAGUUGAAUGGCUGAGGAUAUUAAGAAAUUUAUAUCUGUUGGUUUUUGCCAGGGCGGUAUUUUCAGUGAACAACCAAACACAAGGUCUAAAACUGUGAGUGCUGUCAGACGGGUCAAACAGACCUUGAUCACCUCUUUUUUACACUUGUCUGUUUAGAUCGAGAGAAGCAUUCUAAAAGGUAAAAAAAAAAGGCAAAUUUAAACAUGAAAUCAUCUUUUUCUCCCUACCUAAGUCAGUAAAAGAUAUAUUUUAUUGAAUAGGCAGUUAUCAAAGAUCAUCUUUGUAUUACUGCUUCAUUAUAAAUGAAUGAGUCAGUACUUGUUAACAAAACAGUCUUGUGUGAAUGAUUCUUCUUUAUGUUAGCCAUUUUUAAAAUAAAACUAGCUGUACUUUUUUAUAUUCUAAGAUUUUCUAUUUGAAAUAAGACUUAAUUGAAGGUCUGUCAUUGGUGAAGGUUUACAAUUUACACUAUUGAAGGUUAGAAGCUAAUAGCCUUUAAAAACUGACACGGAUCAUAUAGAAGCGAGUUUAAUCAGUAACAGCACAGAGAUUGCUACAAUAAACCACUACUGAUGAACCCUCACGCCAGCUUCGUGUUGAUCUAAGUACAAUUUCUUUCAACAUUUUCAUAAAUUAUCUAAUUAUUUCAAUUGGUUUAAUGUACAUCAUAUUAAUCACUACUUACUGAAUGAUUUGGUAUUCCUCAGGGAAGCGGUUUUGGUCCCCUGUUUUUUUGUUGUUGUUUUUUUGCUACAUGUGCAUUUCUUGGGUGGUAAUGUUGAUUGUUAUGGCUGUAUGCUGAUGAUGAACAAUUUUGUAUUUCUGUUGCUACAAACAAUGCAAAAACAUACCCUGUCUACUUUUCUGUUGAAGGUAAAACAUAAAUAAAUUAGUUAUAGUUCAAUAAUA